AUGUCACCCACCAAGGCCGCUCCUCUCACCGAGAGAUCUCCCAACGCCGUGUCGCCCUCGAAACCAAAGUCCCCCGAAAAGUUUGCUUUGGCGGAUGCGGACAGGGUUAGGCCUCGACUCGAGCAGCCGCCGCAACAUGGAGGAUGCAUGCAGAAUCAGUAUCAACACAAGGGGAACCAGACUUAUAUCUCGCCCUCGGAUGCGAUUCGGAGUCCCACGACGAAAAAGCUGAGCGAGAUCAAGGGCCGGCGCUUCAUGAACGCAAAGCCGCAGACAUUAUUCGCAAAGACUCUGGCCAAGGAGAAUCUGAAAGCGCAAGCACAGGGUCAAGAUGAAACGCAACAUUAG